AAGAGGAGAGGCAAGAAGCCUGAAAGAAAGGCAGAUAAAUCCUAUGUUUCCUUUGGAGGCAUCUUCCUUUUCUAUUUCUGCUGCCUGAGAUAAAGCUGGGUCCCACCUCUGCUCUCCUGUUUGUCUUCAUUCAGACAAGGAAUAGGAAGUAGCUUUUUGAAUCUCCAUUUGGACCUUGUCCAGCUCUUCAUUGCAACACGACAAAGGCGGCACUGGUGGUUGACCGGACAGAUAAGCCGUGUCUCUGCUGUGUCUUUCUCCAUCAGCCAUUGAUAUGCCAUGGCCUUUCCUGGGACUGCAACCAACAAUGUGACCCAGCUCAUCCCCCCAUACACUCAGAGGAAAUUCCCAAGAAAGAAUGAGGCGCUAGGGGCCAUACAGAUCAUCAUCGCCUUAAUACACCUUGGCCUCGGGGGCAUCUUGUUCUUCUCCUCAAAAGAAUCUGUCCCACUGUGCAUGGCUUCCUGGUACCCAUUCUGGGGAGCAGGACUUUUCAUCAUUUCUGGGUCCCUCUCAGCUGCAGCUGCAACUGCAACGAAUAUCACAGAGGGUCUGGGCAUCUUGGCCUUGAUGCUGAUCUUCUCUGUAAUCCAGAACAUCGUUUCUAAAGCUGCUGUCUCCUCCGACUCGGAUAAAUCACAGGAUCAUAAGGCAGAGUUUCCUUUGCUGUCACCCCCACAACCACAGUCCAACAAUGGAACCAGUCCUCCAUGGCAGUAGUCUAUCAGCAGCAUCCAACAAACUCCAAGCAGCUUUCAUGGGUAAACAGGGUAUAUGCGUGGCACCUGAAUCUCUCCCUCCCAUUGCAGAUAAGAUGCCCUUCUCUCUCUUCUUGAGUCUGGUCCAGAGAUCGCAUGUGUUUUCACAGUACGCAGAAGGGAAGAUGGACAAUAAUGACUCACUAGCUUUAUCCAUCCUCUUGGAAAACGCCUCCUAAAUGACUUUUAUGCCAGCUUCUUCAAUAAUGGGUUGAAAAGGGAUCGUGAGUUGGUUCUUUCAAUCUCACUUGAUCUGAGUGUAUGGGGGUGGUGGGCUUACCUCUCAUCUCCCAAAUGGGAUGGAUUUCCUGGCAACUUUAGAAAUCCUGGAAGCCAUCGUGACUGUGUUGAAAUGUCACAUGGUGAUGAGCUGUUGUAUUUCCCAGACAGAGCAUGGAGAACAGAAGAGCCCUAUUAUAGCAGCAGCAACCUCUAUUGAUAAUUGUUGUUUUUUUUCCCUUUGCUCCCAAAUUUCACCCUGUUAGGCUGAAAUUUUCUAAGCCCUGGUUUCUGUUUUUAAGUGCACAUGGAGUUUAAAAGGGGAAGUAGCUCUGCUACAUCUGAGACUGUAAGAGUGACAAAUAUGUGACAUUCCCUAAUUAUAAAAUAAUUCUUAUGACACUCUUUUGAAUGAUUCUCUUGCCAAAAUGGGUAGCAGUAGAAAGAUGAAAUUUCCUAGAAAAAUAGGAAUUUAUGGGAAGGACCCUGGAGAGUUCUGGUGAAGAUCAGCUUGAAUUUGGCAGUAAAGGCUGAGGGUAGGUAUCAGUUAAAUAAGGGUAAAAAUCCCUACAGGUGUCUUAGUUACCUAAAAGCCAGGCAAUUCAAUACUACGGUUAAAUUUACAAGAAACCCAACAUUAGAAAAUGUGGAAAGUAACUAUUAAAUAACCCAAACUACCUUAAGUCUGGCUUCCCUUAGGGGCAGUUUGUGGAGCCUUUACUUUACUGAGUAGAACUGGGAGAGUAAUUGCCUUUUUUUGAUUUGGUCUGACAAGCUUUUUGUUUUCAGAUCAACAAAAUGACACUUUUUAAAAAAAAAAAUUUUUUUUUUAUUUCAGCAAGAAACCAAAGCUGCCGCCAACAAAAACUUUGUUUUGGGUCAAAUUAAAUGUUUGUUCAAUCCAAAAUGUUUGUUUUGGGGUCUUUUACCCUUAGUUGUUGGUGGUGGUGGGGUUUUUUUUGUUAGUUAAAUCUAGCUGAAGUUCUAAAUGAAAUGUUGACAUGUUUCAACUUUGAACAUUUCCCCCCCGCCGCAAUUUUUUUCAGCCAAAACUAUGCCAAAUUCAACUCGAAUUCGCCAUCAGUUUCCGUCAACCUGCAACUGCUUUUUUUUGGCGAAUUAACUAUACACCAGAAAAAAUUCACCCAGCUCUACUAAUGAAGACUUAUUGAAGAGUCUUAUUGGUUCCAGUGGAACAACUCGCCACUUGUGUAAGGGAGCCACAAUCUUGAUCUGAGAGAGCCAGAUCUUUAAUCAUCCCUUCCUUGUUCCUUUUGAUUGUCAAUUCUUUUUCAAAGGAACCCAAGGGAGUUAAGCACCAACUGCCUUCAGCUCAUAUGAAAUCCCCAGCCUUCAUAUCAAGGUUAUAAGCCAUGCUUUUGUAUCAGGGACUCAAAGCCUGAAGCUUUGCUUAUUGCUUAAAAUUUGUACAGCUUCUGUAGUUGUAGACUGUCUAGGUGCAAGGGGAGAAAUGUACUCCAGAGAGAAUUGGUUUAGAACUGGUUUCAUGUUUCCAAUAUAAACACACUAGCUCUGUGUCUAAUGAUGCCAGCUGGCACAUGGAAUCACAGUACCCAGUCCUGUUUGCUGCUGGGCACUUUGAAGGAUUGGGCCUUUAAUGAUGAGCAGGGAAUGAUCACGCUCAGUAUGUUAUUUGUCUAAUAAA